GUGGUGGCGGUGGUGAGGGUCGCGAGCUGGAGGAUAGAAUGUUGGCAGUGUUGCAGAGGCAGCAGGAACGACAGUUCAUCGGAGGGGGAGUGGAGUCGGCGUUUAUGAGUGGUGGUGCGGGGGGGUUGUCAUCGCUGGAGAGCGGGGUGUCGUCGCAUGAGUCGAUGGUGGACUACGUGCCGAUGUCUCAGCACAUGCAGACGCAGCAUGCAAUGCGGCGGCUGAACUCGUUCUCGCCGUCGGUGUCGAAGGAGGGCGAGGGCGCGAUGAAUGGCGUGUCUCCGCAGGUGUUCCAGCGGAGCCAGAGCUUCGGGGGCGGGGGAGGAGGCGCGACCGUGCAUUCGCACGCGUUCAACAACCUGUUUUCGAGCCCGCCGAGCUCGCCCGUGUCGAAGGGCGAGUGUCUGGGGCUGUCGUUGCUGGAGGAGGAGUCGCUGAUGGAGGUGGGGGGCGGGAAAGCGAGUUUCUUCGAGGAGGUGGGGAAGGGAGGCGGACGGGCGGAGCUGCGGGGGCUGAGCUUGGCUCCGGGGUCGCCACUGGGCGGGGGCGGCUCGUCGAUGGGGUCGCCGACAUUUUCCGAUGCGCUGUUCAACAAGUUUCUACCGUCGAACAACGAGGACGAGGAGGCGUGGCCGGCGGUGGACAUGUACGGGUGCGAUCAGUUCCGGAUGUUCGAAUUCAAGGUGCGGCGAUGCAUGAGGGGGAGGAGCCACGACUGGACGGAGUGUCCGUUCGCACAUCCCGGGGAGAAGGCUCGGCGUCGCGACCCGCGGCGGUUCCACUACUCGGGCACGGCGUGUCCGGACUUCCGGAAGGGGAGCUGCCGACGGGGGGAUAUGUGCGAGUUCGCGCACGGGGUGUUCGAGUGCUGGCUGCAUCCGGCUCGGUACAGGACGCAGCCUUGCAAGGAUGGGCGGAACUGCCGUCGUCGGGUGUGCUUCUUCGCGCACACGCCGGAGCAGCUGCGGUUGCUGCCGGCGGCCGCACAGGCAGCGACGACGGCCGCUCGGAACGGAGGGUCGUACGACGGGUCGCCCCGAGCGAGUGUGGCGGCGAGCUACGACGGAGCGUUCGCGUACGAGGGGGUGUCUUACGACGGGGCAUCGGUGGGGCUCGUCGGAUCGGCUUUGAGCCACUUCUCGGGGUACUCGAGCUCGGGACACUCGGGGGCGGGGUGCGUGGCGUCGCAGAAUUCAUCACCUCGGUCGACGCUGGUCGGGCACGCCCAGUAUCCGGCGCCGCUGUCUCCUCCGCUGUCGCCUUCGGGGUCGCCUCCGCUGUCACCCGGUUCGCCAGAAGAAUGGGCGGGGAGCGGGGGCGCGUUUGCGAGCCUGUCGAUGUCUGGGAUGUCGGGAGCGCAGUCGGCGAUGUCUCUGCAGGCGAGCCUGCAGCAAGCCGCGCAGGUGCGGUCGCUGGGCGGGCACGCGCAGCCGUGCACGGUUCCGGCACAUCGGCGGCAUUUGGAUCGGUUGAACUCGAUGCCGACGCUGUCGAUACCGAGCGCGGGGGAGCAUCGGGGCGUGCACUCGGGCGGGCAUUUGGGGGUGCAUCCGGGGUCGGCCCCGUCGUCGCCGUCGGGGGUGGCGCAGAAGUCGAUGAUGGAGUUGAUCGCGACGCUGCAGCAGUUGGAGGUGCGGGGGGCGCCCCCGGGAUCGGCAGCGCAGUGGUUGCAGCAGCAGUACACGACGGGGCCGUCGCCGCUGCGGCGUUGCUCGCAGAGCGUGCCCGGGACGCCGACGAAGGUGUCGGCGCGGUGGGAGCAGAAGGAGCGGUGGGAGGUGGACGAGAACGACGAGGGGGAGCCGACAGUGCAGCGGGUGGAGAGCGGGCGGGAUCUGCGGGCGAAGAUAUACGGGCGGCUGGGGAGGAGUUCUUUGAAGGAUGCGGGGCCGGCGAUGGGAGAUUCGCCAGAUCUGGACUGGGUGAACGAUCUGGUGAAGGAGGAGCCGGAGCAGUCGGCGGCGUGGUGAGGGGAGAGGCGGGAGGAUGCGAUGCGAUGCUCCGCGCUUGGGUUAUGGUGGUGUUGCGUGCGGAGUGGUUUCUGCGGUGCGAAGGCGGAGGCGUGGAGGGUGUGGAAUGUGGGGCGCAGGGUUGGUGGAUAGGAGGGCG